CCCUACCUAGCAAAGCAAGCGAGCCAGCUAUCAAGCUAGACUAGAAGAUGACGGCGCUGCGACGUGUGGCUGCUGCGGCAAGACGGAUGCCCCCGCCCUCCUCCGCCAACCCCGUGCCCAUCUAUCAGCAGAUGCUGAAGAAGAUCGAGGUGAUGAAGGCGGCCCCUGCCCCGGCAGAGGAUAUCUCCAAGACUAUUGAACAGAUGGAGACCAACACCAGGAGGCGUCUGCAGACCUUGAAGUUCAAUGAGAGGGAAAUAGUGCGAGGGUUGGAGCGAGAUAAACCGAGCCGGCGGCGCAGUUACCACCUAGCUAUGUGUUUCUUUGGUGCUGCAAUGUUUGCGGCGCCAAAAGUUGCAAAAGCAAUCACCUAAAUGUCUAAAUCCAUUAUCUGGGUCAUGAGUGGUUGGACUUCCAUAAAAUAACUGUUUCACUGUCCUUUUAUUUACCCCAAGGGAGACUGUUGUAAUCCUAUAUUUAUCACGUUUGUGGAUCUGAAUGAUUUAGUCUGUUGCCAUGCUAUGCUUGAUCCUAUAGGAAAAAAAUGUGGAGUGGCCUGGAAGAAUGAAUAAAUUAAAGCGGUGGUAUGAUUAUAUUUCUCU